UAACAGGAUAUGUUAUGAUUUCCCUUUCAUCUCCUGAACUAACAGACUGUAAAGGUUCACUGGGUUAAAUUACACUAGGAUAUAUCAUGUCAUCUCAGGGGGAUCUCAGGUGUUUAUUUGCAUUUGUUGCUCUGUUGGGAAUUUUAACAGGGAAAAUCUCUGGAAUUCAUGGAAAAGCAACUGUUCAUAUGGAUGGAUCACAGAGACGCCAAAAACAAGAGUCCCUGAGAGGCCCUAAUGUGUGUGGAUCUCGUCUGCAGUCCUUCUGCUGUCCAGGCUGGAAGACUCUGCCUGGGGGCAACCAGUGUGUUGUGCCUAUUUGCCGGAGUAACUGUGGUGAUGGUUUCUGCUCCAGACCUAACAUGUGUACAUGUCCUGGUGGACAAACAGCUACAACCUGUUUCACUAAAUCAUCCAAACAAUGCAAUAUAAGGUGUAUGAAUGGAGGGGUGUGUGAAGAAGACCAUUGCCAGUGUCCAAAGGGAUAUACAGGAAGCUUUUGUGGACAACCUGUCUGUGAGAAAACCUGUCAGAAUGGUGGACACUGCAUUGGAGCGAACAGAUGCGCGUGUGUAUACGGCUUCACUGGACCACAAUGUGAGAGAGACUACCGGACAGGCCCAUGCUUCAUCCAAGUGCACAACAGGAAGUGUGCAGGUCAGAGCAGUGAAUUUGUGUGCAGUAAGGCCUUGUGCUGUGCCACAGUGGGUCAAGUGUGGGGUAAUUCGUGUGAGCAGUGCCCACCUAUCAACUUGCCGUGCAGUAGAGGGUUCAUCCCAAACACCCGCACAGGAGCCUGCCAAGAUGUUGAUGAAUGCAAGACUGUCCCUGACCUGUGUAAAGGAGGAAAGUGCAUCAACACAUUGGGUUCAUAUCAGUGCAAGUGUCCCGUCGGUUAUCAACAGCAUGUGAGCAUUUUGAAGUGCGAGGAUGUGGAUGAAUGCUCCACCAUUGAACGUGCGUGUGAAGGAGGACACUGCAUUAAUUCAGCGGGCAGUUUCUCCUGUGUGUGUCCUUCAGGAUAUGUGCUGUCUGCAGACCGGACUCGCUGUCUUGAUCAGCACACAGGGAUCUGCUUUGCGUCAGUUGUGAAUGGACGCUGUGCUCAUGAAAUCAGUGGACGUUUCAAUAAAAUCCAGUGCUGCUGUGAACGUGGCCGGUGCUGGAGUCAAAGGACAACUCAUGAAAUGUGUCCUGUACCAGGAUCAGAUGAAUACUUGAGGAUUUGUCUGGUAGGCUCUGCUCUGAGUGGCUACAGUGAGGAGGAUCCUGAAAUGAGCCCUCAACACCACAGCAGCUUCAGUCUUUCCCCUAAUGACCAGAUACUUCACCCACAUAAUGGCAAUGGACAAAUAAAACCUCAGAUUCACCAAACACCUCAAAUUCUGCAGUUUCCCCAGAUUCCUCAGAUCCCAAGGCAUGACAAUGGAUUUAAACCACAACGACCUGUUGUUGUUAGUGUGAAUGAGACUGUGAACAGGUGUCGUCUGCUUCCUAAUCUGUGUCUUAAUGGACAUUGCAUACCUUUGGGGUCUGACUACCGAUGUGACUGUAACACCGGAUUCAAAGAAGACAACAGAGGAGAGUGCUCAGAUGUAGAUGAGUGUGAGUUUGACCCCUGUGCUAAUGGAAACUGCAUAAACACUCCUGGUUCAUACUAUUGCAGAUGCCACACAGGCUUUCUCAGGGCUCCAGGCAAACAGACCUGCAUAGACAUUGAUGAAUGUCUUCAGAAUGGAGUGCCCUGUAAGAAUGGCCGCUGUCUGAACACUGAGGGAAGCUUUCAGUGCAUCUGCAACUCUGGAUUUAAGCUUUCACCUGAUGGGAGAAACUGUGUAGAUCAUGAUGAAUGUGCUGCCACAAACAUGUGUCUUAACGGCAUGUGUAUCAAUGAAGACGGCAGCUUUAAAUGUGUGUGUAAACCUGGAUUCAUCCUCAACUCUAGUGGACGAUACUGUACAGAUAUCGAUGAGUGCCGGACUCCAGGUGUGUGUAUGAAUGGACGGUGUGUAAACACACAGGGCUCUUUCAGGUGUGAGUGUUUUGCAGGUCUUACUGUUGGAAUAGACGGCCGAACAUGUGUAGACACACACAUGCGUAGCACCUGUUAUGGGGCUGUAAAAAGAGGUUUGUGUUUACGACCCUUCCAGCGUGCUGUCACCAAGUCACAAUGCUGCUGUGCCAACCCUGACUAUGCCUUCGGUGAACCGUGCCAUCCCUGCCCUGCCAAACACUCAGCUGAGUUUCAGGCCUUGUGUGCGAGCGGUGUUGGGUUUUCUGCUGAUGGCAAAGACAUUAAUGAGUGCGCUCUGGAUCCGGAUAUCUGCUCAAAUGGAGUGUGUGAGAAUCUCCGAGGAAAUUUCCGCUGCGUCUGUAACAUUGGCUAUGAAAGUGACCAGAGUGGCAGAAACUGUCUGGAUAUUGAUGAAUGUGUGGUGAACAGUCUCCUCUGUGAUAAUGGCCUGUGCCGGAAUGUUCCAGGGAGCUACAGCUGCACCUGCCCGGCGGGGUUCAUCUUCAGACACGACACAGAGACGUGUGAGGAUGUGAAUGAGUGUGUGAGCAGCCCAUGUGUCAAUGGAGUGUGUAAAAACAGUGCAGGCUCUUUCUACUGUGAAUGUUCACAAGGAAGUAAACUGGACACCACUGGACUUUUAUGUGUUGACAGUGUGAAGGGUUCAUGCUGGUUAACUCUUCAGGAUGGUCGUUGUGAAGUUAACAUCAAUGGGGCUACACUGAGGUCACAGUGCUGUGCCACACUAGGAUCGGCGUGGGGCAGCCCAUGUGAACCAUGUCAAACUGAUCUAGUGUGCGAAAGAGGAUUUGCUCGGUCAAGAGGGGCUUCAUGUGAAGAUGUGAAUGAAUGUGAGGUGUUUCCAGGUGUGUGUCACAACGGACACUGCGUGAACACUAAAGGCUCAUUUAAAUGUCAGUGCCCAGAAAGUCUCACACUGGAUGUCACUGGACGCCUCUGUGUUGAUGUUCGUUUAGAGCCCUGCUUUCUUACCUACGAAGAAGAUGUAUGUACGCAGCCAGUACCAGGACGCUUCCGCAUGGACAUGUGUUGUUGUACGGUGGGUUUGGCUUGGGGCAAAGAUUGUGACUUAUGUCCUGAGCCUGGCACUCGGCAGUUUGAUACCCUGUGCCCAAGAGGACCAGGCUUCGCCAACAAAGGAGACGUUCUCACUGGCAGAGCUGUCUAUAAAGAUAUCAAUGAGUGUAAAGUUUUCCAAAGCAUCUGUGUUCAUGGGAAAUGUCGGAACACCAUUGGAAGCUUCAGAUGUCGCUGUGAUGGUGGGUUUGCACUAGAUACCAAUGAGAAAAACUGCACAGAUAUUGACGAGUGCAUGAUCUCUCCUGAUGUCUGUGGUCAUGGCACAUGUGUGAACACUCUGGGCAGUUUCCAGUGUGACUGUUUUCCUGGCUAUGAGAGUGGAUUCAUGAUGAUGAAGAACUGCAUGGAUAUUGAUGAGUGUGAGCGAAACCUUUCACUGUGCAAUGGAGGCACCUGUGAAAACACUGAUGGCAGCUACAAGUGCGUGUGUCCACCUGGUCAUCAUCUGUCUGUGGAUGGCAGUGCCUGUGAAGAUGUGAAUGAGUGUGAUCUGAGUAGCACACUUUGUCCUAAUGGUUGGUGUGUGAAUGUUGUGGGAACCUACCAGUGCUCUUGUAAUUCUGGCUACCAGACGACACCUGAUUGGAAGGGUUGCACAGAUAUAGAUGAGUGCACAAUAGAGAAUGGAGGAUGUGAGCUGUACUGUAGUAACUCAGAGGGCAGUUACUCAUGCAGCUGUGGUCAGGGUUACAGUCUUACACCGGACCAGCGGACAUGUGCAGAUGUGAAUGAGUGUGAAGAGGUUAUAGACAUCUGUGAAGGUGGUCAGUGCACUAACGUUCCUGGAGCGUAUCACUGUUUGUGUUACGAAGGAUUUAUGGCUUCCGUGGACAUGAAGACAUGUAUUGAUGUGAAUGAGUGUGAACUGAACGACAACAUAUGUGCGUUUGGGGAGUGUGAGAACACCAAGGGUUCUUUCAUCUGUCAUUGUGACAUGGGUUACGCCGUAAAAAAAGGAACCUCUGGCUGCACUGAUGUUAAUGAGUGUGAGAUUAACACUCAUAACUGUGACACACAUGCCACCUGUGUCAACACACCAGGACAUUACCACUGCUCCUGCGGGGAUGGAUGGUUUGGAGAUGGAGUGAAAUGUGCUGAUGUGGAUGAGUGUGCUAACAGGACUAGCGUCUGCAGCGCUGAUGCCGAGUGUGUGAAUACACCAGGCUCAUACCACUGUGAAUGUUCAGACGGGUUUAUUGGAGACGGGGUUAUCUGCUCAGAUUUGGAUGAAUGUGCUGAAGAUGUGGAUCUGUGUGAAAAUGGCCAGUGUCUAAAUGUUCCUGGCAGCUAUCGCUGUGAAUGUGAGAUGGGCUUCACACACACUUCAAACAGAAAAACCUGUCGAGAUAUAGAUGAGUGCUCCUUUCAGAACAUCUGUGUGUUUGGCACAUGUCAGAAUAUUCCAGGAAUGUUUCGCUGUAUUUGUGAUGAGGGGUAUGAGCUGGACAGGACAGGUGGAAACUGCACAGAUGUAGACGAGUGUCUUGAUUCCUUAAACUGUUUUAAUGGUCACUGUGAAAACACAGCCGGCUCGUACCAGUGUAACUGUCCUAUUGACUUCGAGCUCAAUCCUACUGGAAUUGGAUGUGUUGACACGCGAGUUGGGAGCUGUUUUCUGCAGGUGGCAAACCAUAGUAAGCUGGCAUGUAGUGCUGAAAUUGGAUUUGGAGUCAGUCGUUCCUCUUGUUGCUGUUCUCUGGGACGGGUAUGGGGUUACCCAUGUGACCACUGCCCUACACUCAACACCUCGGAGUAUAACAUACUCUGUCCUGGAGGAGAGGGGUUCAAACCCAACCCCAUCACCAUCAUCUUGGAAGAUAUUGAUGAGUGUCAGGAGCUGCCCGGCCUCUGUCAGGGUGGAAACUGUGUUAAUACAUUCGGAAGUUUCCAGUGUGAAUGUCCAGCCGGAUUCUACCUCAAUACACAGAGCCGCAUCUGUGAAGAUAUCGAUGAGUGUGUGCUCAGUUUUGGGGUUUGUGGUCCGGGCACCUGCUACAACACACUUGGAAACUACACUUGUGUCUGUCCACAGGAUUACAUUCAGGUGAAUGGAGGACACAGAUGCAUGGAUAUGAGGAAAAGUUUGUGCCAUCGUAACUACAAUGGCAGUGCCUGUGAACACCAGCUCAACUUUAACAUCACACACAGAUUGUGCUGCUGUGCUUACAAUGUGGGAAAAGCCUGGAACAAACCAUGCCGUGCCUGCCCGAUACCUGGCACUGAUGAUUACAGCAGUCUUUGUGGCAGUGUGACUGGAUUCUGGAUCGACAUUGCAACUGGAAAGCCAAAAGAUAUUGACGAAUGCCGUGAAAUCCCGGGAGUUUGUGCUCAUGGUGUGUGUAUAAACCACAUAGGCAGUUUCCACUGCGAGUGUCCCACUGGUUUCCUUUAUAAUGACCUGCUGCUCAUCUGUGAAGACAUCGAUGAAUGCAGCAGCAGAGAUCCUGUGUGUCAGAGAAAUGCAGAUUGCAUCAACCACCCAGGCGGCUAUCAGUGUGAAUGUUCUGAUGGGUAUAUACUCACACCUAAUGGAGACUGUAAUGAUCGUAAUGAGUGCUUGGAGACACCCAGUGUGUGUCGUCAGGGUGACUGUGUGAAUAUUCCAGGAGGGUAUGAGUGCAUGUGCCACACCGGAUUUACAGCAACACCAAACCGCAGGAUGUGUGUAGAUAUCAAUGAAUGUUCACAUCAGCCAUGUGGGAAUGGCACGUGUAAAAACUCUGCUGGAUCAUUUAACUGUAUCUGCCAUCACGGAUUUGAGCUCGCCACUAAUAACUACUGUACAGAUAUCGAUGAGUGUGCAGUUUUUCACUCUCAGCUCUGCAGGAAUGGUCUGUGUGUCAAUAAUGUGGGCUCCUUCCAGUGUCUCUGUAGAGAGGGUUAUGAACUCACUUUUGAUGGCAAGACUUGUAUGGAUGUUAAUGAGUGUACAAUCAUUCCUGGGAUAUGUGCUCCUGGAACUUGUCUGAAUCUGGAUGGUUCUUUCAGAUGUGUCUGUCCUGAUGGGUAUAUUGUCCACAGUGAUCACUGCGUAGAUGUAAACGAGUGUUCGGAGGAGCCUGGGAUCUGCGCAUAUGGGACCUGCUUCAACAGUCUGGGCAGCUUUGAGUGUGUGUGCAAACCAGGAUUUGUGCUGUCAGAAGAUAAGCGCAGAUGUUAUGACACUAGAGAGAGCUUCUGUUUCACACGCUUUGAGAACGGCAAGUGCUCUGUCCCUCAGGCGUUUAACACCACCAAAGCCAAGUGCUGCUGUAGUAUCAUGGCCAAAGAGGGCUGGGGUGACCCGUGUGAGCUGUGCCCUAAAGAACAUGAUGCAGCAUUUCAGGAUCUGUGUCCAUUUGGUCAUGGGAUCAUUCCUGGUGUUGGAGACACACGUGUAGGUAAAGGCAAUCCUGUGGACAACACUUUUAGGUUCUAA